AUGCCUUACCCCCUCCAUACUCACGUCCUGACUGUGGACACUAACGUCAACGACAACAAGUCGGCCAUUGCCGACGACUCAGAGACCGACUACGUUGACGAGAGCGCCAUUGACGACGAUGACGACUCUUCUGACUGGGAAGAUUCCAUCGAGGACAGCAACAAGUCCAGCAUCGACGAGGAGACUUUCUUCCAGCGCGUCGACUCCAAGGUUAACUUGACCUCACGCCGUUCGCUCAUCACCCUCAUGAUUGAGCAGAAUGACCACUCCAAGAACAAGCACCUUGGCAACAUUGCCUCUCAGUCCACCUCGGCUCUCCCUUGGUCGCGCACUAGCCACCCGGCCCCUCCCACCUUGGCCGUGUCCCCCAACGACUCUGAUGACGCGCCUCUCAUGAUGAAGCGGGUGUUCGUUCUUCUCCUCUGA